AUGCCUGAUGGUUGCUUCUUUGGUUUAUCAUGUCUGGUGGUUGCUUCUUUGGUCUCUAUCUCUGGCAGUUGCUUCUUUAAUCUUUGUCUGGUCUCUAGUGUCGCUCGUUCUUCAUUUUUCAGUGCUAUUGUUGUUGCUGCUGGUGUUGCUGAUGAUGCUACUGAUGAUGUUGCUGCUGGUGUUGCUUAUGGCGCUGCUGCUGGUAUUGCUGCUGCUAGCCCGGUUUUUCUUGGCCUGCUGUCUCUGUUUUAUGCCUGUUUUCUGGUCUAUCUCUGGUGA